AUGCUGGCCACACUACCACCCCCAUCACCACCACCACCACACGCCUACUCGCCCCUCUCAACAACACACAUGUUCGACCUGCCCCUCCUCGACGCCGACGAGGCGCCCGCGCCGUGCCAGACACCGCCGCUCUCGCCGCCGUGCCAGCGUAUCCUGCUCGAGCAGCUACGCGCCGCGGCCGCCGCGCAGCCCGCGAGCGAGUUCGACCCCGAGGCACUGCUCACCGCCGCGCUCGGCGCCGUCGGCCACGAGCAGCAGCGCAAGCUGCCCGCCACCACGGCUACAGUGGCGCUCCGCACCUGCCCCCCACUCACGCCGCUCGCGUCCCGCCGCCGCGUAUCCGCGCUGGUGAUCACGACGCCCGCGCCGCUCUCAGCAAGCUACGGCACGAUGACAGACGACACGAGCCUCAGCCCCGCGCACGCGCCACCUUCCCCGUCCGACUCGGGCGCGAGCGCGUCCCCGCAGAGCGAGUACAGCGCCAUGUUCCGCUCGGCGUCGCCCGAGUCGGACAGCAGCCCCAGCUCGGCGGGGCACGGGUUCAAGCGCGUCUCGGGGUCGCGCGCGGCGCGCCGCAGCGACGAGGCGCCGAGGGCAGAGCAGCAGCCGGCUGCACCAUUAGACACCACCGCCGCCGCUGCCGCCGCCGCGCCGUCGCCCUCGACAACACCAAAGCCGACACCACGGCACCAGCCCCGCUCGACAGGCUCCAUCUCGCGCCCGCCAGGAGGCAACUUUGUCCUCGGCGCCAAAGCCGCCCUCGGGCUGCUCCGCAAGCGCGGCAGCCAGCGCUCGACGACGCUAUAG